AUGUCACAUACCUUUGAUACCAGCAAUGGGUCCAGUCCCUUCAUAACCAAUCCCUCAGUACGACUUCAACAAGGUUUAAUGUUACCUACAGAACAAGCACUAGACCAGGACCAAGGCAACGCUCAAGCCAGUGAUGUUUCUUCGGAGACCAAAGAGUCACUGGCUUUUGAAUCUGACAUGUCACUGUUUCAGGAUGCUACUGGUAUAGAAAAUGAAGAAGAUGACGUUGCACUGACCAGUCACAUUGCUGAUCAACACAAUCAAACAACUCCAAAGUGUGGGGGGACGGUUACAGACACCAUUGGACUUCGGGAGAAUGGCAGUAACUUUAAUUUAUCGACACAGGCGAUAAUCUUUAGUAGUAAUUCUCCUACUAAGAAUGUCUCUACAAGUAUACGUCGAUUGUCAGACGAGCUUGAAACAGAUACUGAUUCUGAAACAGCUUCCAGUCCCUUACGAAACAAACACAUCAGUCAGCAGCAACAGCAGCAACAGCAGCAACAGCAACAACAGCAGCAACAGAAGCAACAGAAGCACCAACGGAACAAGAAGAGUGCCACCAGAGAGUCAUGGCGUUCAAUACGACCUCUUUCAACUGCCAUUAGUGUACCUCCUACGACGUCUUCUUCCGGUGCCUCUUUAUUUACUACUCCGUCUAGUUCAGCUACCACAGCCAAUACAGAACAUCGGUUUUCUCUUCGAAAUAUGACGAUCCCAGAAGGUAACUUGUCGUCUGCUGCCAAGUUGGACGACUUAAAUAAACAAUUGAUCAACUAUAAAAUUCAGAUCAAGUUCUUCAAGCAGUUUCUUCAAAAAUUGAUUGCCCAAUCCCAAUCAGAAGGCACUGGCAGCAAGCUAGAUCUUGCGGAGUUGACUCAACUUCAAAAUAAUUUCAAUGACUUGACUUUAGGUGAUUUUUCAAGUCCUAAUAGAAAUGCUGUGGCCUACAGCAGACUAAAAGAAGAAUAUGAUGUGCUUGAGAGUAAUUAUGAACAAGUUUUUAAGCUCAAUGAUGAUCUUUAUGCCAAUUUGGAGAUAUUCCAGAAACAACUUCAAUCUCGAGAAGAAGAAUUGGCGAUAACUAAAGAGCAGUUUGAAGAAUGUCAAUUGAAGGUUGAAACCAUAUUUAGAAUCUUGAUUUCGGAUGCUUUCACUGAUCAGAGCUCACAAAUAGCUCUUCAACGAUGUUUAGAAUCGACUACUGUCCUCCCCAAUAAGUUAGAAGCUCUUAAACUCGAGUUAAACAAACGGCUUGAUUCACAUACUCUACAACAACAAACAGAACGUGAAGAGUUGACAUACACAGCAGAAACCGUUCUGACUAUCUUGAAGAACGUGGAGACUUUGGAAAGUCAAUAUGCUGCUAACGUUAAACGUACGGAAGAAUUAGAGAUUCAACUUCAAGAUGAGCGAAAGAAAUCUCAAAUAAUUGCCAGAAACUUCAAUGUUAUUACAGACAAGUUUAGUGAUUUUUCUAAAAAUGUUGAAGAUAAGGUUGAAGAUAAUACCAGGUUACGACAGGAAACGGAUAAAUUAAUAUCCUUGAAUGCUGAACUACAAUCCCAAAAUUCUUCUUUCAAAUCACAGAUCAAAUCCACCGAAAUACUUAUUGAAAAGUUGCAGGAACAACUUGGACAAGAGGAAGUGAUUCGAGAGAAACAGAAACAAGAGAUUGAAGAACUUCAACGAGCACAUACUGAAACCCAAAAGGCAUUGGAAUCGAGUAACGUUGUUCCCAUUGGCCCCCCCCCAUUUUCCCAAGAACGUGAGUUAAAGGAAUUAAAACAAAAGUUCAGUGAUUUAGAUGCUUCAAACCUGAAGGGACUGGAAAGAGAAUAUUUAUUGAUAACUGAAAAGAUGAAUUUAUCCAAGAGUUUAAGAACUCUGCAGGCAACCAUCAGCAAACAAAGUGAAACCAUAAUGUCACUUACGCGGAAUAAUAAUGAUUUUAAAGAACAAAUACGUGAAAAGGACAGAAGAUAUAGUUUACUUGAAUAUCAAUUGGGAGAAAUACUUUCAUUAGACGUUCUUGAAUUUGAAAAAUUCUUCAAAGCAAUGCAGCCAAUCACAGAGAACGAAAACGGUAUUGAACGGUCUAUUAGACAAUUGAGUAAAGGAGUUGAAAAUAUAAAAGCAUUGAUUGAGGCAGGAGAUCUUAAGAUCUUACGGGAACAACAUCAAGGAUUGUUUGAAUAUUUCUCACGAGCCUUUAAAAAACUUUCAAAGCAUUAUGGAGAAGAAGUACUUAAAACUAUGGAUCUUCAUGAAGAAUGGUCCGUUAAAAAUGAAACUCUUUCCAAUGAAGUUGUCACUUUAAAGUCUCUGAAUCAAGAAUUACGUAAGGAAGUGGCCGAUACCCAACUUCGGAAUAAAGAAUUAUUACGGAAGAUCGCCUCACUUGAAAGCCAAAUAACAUCAUCUUCAUCAUCUUUAGCUGCAACUCCAGAGUCCACCAAUGGGGGGGCCACUACAGAUCUUGUACGAAAUGCUUAUAAGCAGAAAUGGAAAUCAGAAAGAGAAUCAAGAAUGCUUGAGCAUAAUGGCUCACAACGAAGGGUUCGGGAAGCGGAACAAGAAAUUGACCGGUUGCAAAGAGAGAAUGCUAAUCUUAGAGCCAUGAAGAAUAGAGCCUCAUAUAUAAACACUUAG